AGAAAGCACAGAGAAAGCACGAAGGUGGCUAAUCAGAAGCAAAAGGAGUAAUUCUCCCACCUUGUGCUGGGAUUGAAGGAGAUGAAUAUCAACUGUUCUCUGUGGCAGGAGAAUAGUUUGUCUGUCAAACGCUUUGCAUUUGCCAAGUUCUCUGAGGUUCCUGGAGAAUGCUUCCUCCUGUUCACCAUCAUCCUCUUCAUGUUCUUAGUAUCACUGACAGGAAAUGCUCUUAUAACCUUUGCCAUCUGCACCAGUCCAGCUCUACACACCCCUAUGUAUUUCUUUCUAGCCAACUUGUCUCUCCUGGAGAUUGGCUAUACUUGCUCUGUAAUACCCAAGAUGUUGCAGAGCCUUGUGAGUGAGGAUCGAGGGAUCUCUCGGGAGGGAUGUGCCACACAGAUGUUUUUCUUCUCAUUUUUUGGUAUAACUGAGUGCUGCCUAUUGGCAGCCAUGGCAUUUGACCGCUGCAUAGCCAUAUGUGCCCCACUCCACUAUGCAACCCGAAUGAGUCAUGGGGUAUGUGCCCAUUUGGCAAUAGUUUCAUGGGGAAUGGGAUGUAUAGUAGGGUUGGGACAGACCAAUUUUAUUUUCUCCUUGAACUUCUGUGGACCCUGUGAGAUAGAC